AUGGUGAUUGAAAGUACAUUUGAGAAAAGAUGUCAGAAUGUUGCACCGCCUAAUGAGUUAUCAUUUAUGACAGCCAGCAUUUCAACUGUUUUCAUCCUUACCAAUAUCCCUGGCAAUAUUCUUAUCUUCUUGGCUGUUGUACUUGAUCCAAACAAAAACCUACGGACUCCAUUUAACUGGUUAAUUAUUAAUCUAUCAGCGGCUGAUUUUGUUGUUGGCAUCAUCGCUGAACCUCUCAUGGUGUAUUAUCACAUUAAAGAAGGACUUAACAAAGAAGAUCCCGAAGAACAGAUCAUAAGUCACAUUGUUUACUUCAUCUCAUGCACUGCUUCGAUCCUCAGCCUUGCAAGUUUGGCAGUUGAACGAUAUCUGGCUGUGAGAAGACCAAAUACCUACCGAAAUAAAGUGACCAAUAAGCGAGUUUUAUUAACAAUAGCAAUGAUUUGGCUGAUCUCGUUAAGUUUACCAAAUAUUUAUUUUAUUGUUGGUUUCAUUGCAUACGCAUUCAUAUUUUCCAACACCUUUAUCGUCAUUGCAGUAAUAAUCAUUUGUAUAACAUACACUUUAAUGAAGAGAAAAUUGAAAUCCCGAAGUAAAAGAAUAUCAGUAACUCCAUCCACUUCAUCUGACGCAAAACAAACUUCGCCAAGUGAAAGCAUGUCAACUCUCAGUAAAGAUGGUUUCGAGACAAAGAAACAACUGCUGGAGGCCAAAAUCACUCAAAUUUUCCUUAUUGUUCUAAUAGCGCUUCUAUGCUGUUAUGGUCCCUCAACUGUGAUGAUGUAUUUGGUAAAUUUCUGUCAAGGCUGCAGUUGUACAUCCCUCCACUGGUUCCGAGAUAUCUAUAUUUUGUUUGCUCUGAUGAAUUCUAGCGUUAACUUUUUCUGUUAUGCUUUAAGAUCCGCCAGAUUCAGAAGUGCAUUUGUUAAGUUGCUACAGAUUAAAUAUCGAUGUGUUGAUGGCAUUUAA